AGUGAAUGUUUUUGUCGGUAGGAUUGUAGUGGAUGUCAUUGGUAUAUUAUAGAGUCCCACAAUACCAAUGACCUUAUUUUAUUUUUGAAAAAUCGACGGGUGACAUUUUCGAAAAUAUUGUGAUUUACUUUUCGCAUAAAACUUAAAAAUAGUGUAUGUGAUUAUAAGAUAUAUCACAAUUGCAUGAUAACAUGCUAUUUUUGAGCACUGAAAUGCACCAUUCACCGUUUAUUAUAACCUUUCGAAAUCUCAAUAAGCUUAUUUCUUUUGUUUUUUGUUAGGCAUAACUAUAAUUCUAUAACUAAAUGUAGAAAAGGACCAAAGACUCUCUUGUGUCUACUAAUAAACAAAACAAAAAUCAAGUGGAAAGAAAGGAGCAUGCGAGCACGUUCGUUAGUUAGGAAUGAGGAGAGCACAUCAUGUCCAUAUAUCCCUUAAAGCCACCGUCUUCACUUUUUAUUCACAUUUUACGUUUCCUUAGACGUCCUCUUUUUAAACCAAACCCAAACAAGAGAAGAUCCAAUCCCCAUAAACAUGGCCAAUUCCAAACGAUUGUUUGGCGUUGUAAGGAGGAAACUUCUCCGACGAUCUCAAAGCAGAAUCACAAUCAUUCGCUCAUCAGCUCCAGAAACAACUCAAGAAGAGAUUGCCGCAGUUAAAAUCCAAUCUUUCUUCAGAGGUCACCUGGCAAGAAGGGCGUUUAAAGCAUUGAAGAGUCUGGUGAAGUUACAGGCGGUGGCGAGAGGAGUGCUUGUGAGGAGACAAGCUCGAAUUGCUUUACAUUGUAUGCAUGCUCUUGCUCGCUUGCAGGUUAGGGUUCGUGCUCGUCAGCUUCUCUCUCAUUAACACCUCUGCUUUUGAAAACAAACAAAAACUCUUGUGAUUGUGACAUUUACAUUACUUCACCGGUUUUGUGAUUUUGUUGUAUAUGUAUGUACUAGACCUAACUCUCUAACACCCUGCAUUUGUACUAAUAAACAAGAUCAGUUUAGCUGACA